AUGUAUUUGGAGUGUAUAAGAAGCAAUGGUCGACGCAUAGAUUUCAGAUCAGAUGGUCGUUUGAUUUGUGCUCUAUUUCCUGAUCGUCAAUCAAAUUAUAUCAAGCUCUCUAGUCUAGUAUCGUUCGUGAUCUUAGGACUGUUUUCAGCCGUCAUCAACGCUUACCGUUUCGAAUGGAAUAAUAUCACUUGUCAAGGAUUACAUGGACCUCAUUGUGGCAUCUACUUGUCGAAGGUGAAGGGACAGAAUGAUACCUACAUUGGUCAAAGCUACUUUGUUGGCGACGAUGCUCUAUCGCAGGGUCCAGCUGACACCUGGGGUAGGUUUUUGCGCGAAGAAUAUAAACUCUUGCCAAGAUUUACUACCGUUCAAACCCUAAAUGACACCGGAAACUUUGUUCCUUUCGUAGGUACCACCAACAUCGAGACUUGCAACUUCCAGUCUAUUGAGAAUGCAAUGACUCCUUUUGUUAACACCGUCACUAAUGAAUUGUCCUUUGAUGCUUGGGCGGAUACUAGCAUGAACGCGACAGCUGUUAAAAAUCUGGCACCUCAAUUGUUGAAAGCCAGCACCUAUGCCGUGCAAGUUGCUACCUGCACUCCUGGAUUCAUGGCAGAUCUCCUCGAGUCUCCAACGGUCAACAUUUUCAACAAUGAUGAGAUUUUACCACCUUGGUGUCAACCAGUUGAGAUAGAGGCUGUCUGCCCUGCUUACGUCAAUUACCAAACUCGUUGA